AGGAGUUGCGAGAAUCAACAGGAAGCGACAACCCAAAAAGAGUGCAGGCUGGAAGAAGAAGAAAAAAAACACAGAGUGGAGGCCUGAAUCAUAUCGCUUGAUUGGCUUCUUCACAUCAGAUCCACCACCGGGCUGUAAACCUCGGCCUGGACCCGACCUGCCACUCCUGACCCGUUCCUGUAGGAGUCAGGCAAUACGUGGCAGAUUAAUGAGCAUGUCCUCCUCAUAGAGCUGAAGUACCUGCCACAGAGAAGAAACAGGCGAGUCUGUCUGAGCUUGGCCAUGGCCCACGCCACCAGUAUCCAGUAUGAGCCAGUGGCAGAGAUCGGAGGAGGCGCUUACGGGACUGUAUAUAAGGCCAGAGACACGGAGAGCGGGCAGUUUGUUGCUCUGAAGAGCGUGCGUGUCCAGACGGAUCAAAAUGGCCUGCCCAUCUCCACGGUCAGAGAGGUGGCUCUGUUGAGAAGGCUGGAGCAGUUUGACCACCCAAAUGUAGUCAGGCUCAUGGAUGUAUGUGCCACCCAGAGGUCAGACCAGGAGACUAAAGUCACUCUGGUCUUUGAGCAUGUGGACCAAGACCUCAAGACGUACCUCGAGAGAGCUCCAGCUCCCGGCUUAUCUCCUGGCCGCAUUAAAGACUUGAUGAGGCAGUUGCUGUGUGGUCUUACAUUCCUUCACUCUAACCGCGUGAUGCACAGAGACCUGAAACCAGAGAAUAUUCUGGUAACCAGCCAGGGCCAGGUGAAGCUAGCUGACUUUGGGCUAGCCAGGAUCUACAGCUGCCACAUGGCUCUCACUCCUGUGGUGGUGACACUGUGGUAUCGCCCUCCUGAGGUGCUGCUACAGUCCAGUUACGCCACACCUGUGGACAUCUGGAGCACUGGCUGCAUCUUUGCUGAGAUGUUCCGACGCAAACCGUUGUUCUGUGGUGAAUCAGAAGUGGAUCAACUUGGGAAAAUUUUUGAAGUUAUUGGCUUGCCACCAGAGGACGAGUGGCCGACUGACGUCACACUGUCAAGAAAAAACUUCCCCCCUCUCAUGCCUCGCCCAAUUGCUGACUUUGUUUCAGAGAUAAAUGAGCAGGGGGCACAAUUAUUGCUGAACAUGCUGACGUUUGACCCCUUGAAACGAAUAUCCGCCCUGAAUGCACUAGAACAUCCAUAUUUCCAGGACGAGGAGACAUUGACUCAGACAAAAAGCUGAAAUGAUGCAUAGAAACAUGCAACGAGAGGUAACAGUGUCUAAGCUUCAGUCCUGGCCUAACCUUAAAGGAUUUCAAUUUAAUUCAGUGCAUUGCCUUUCAAGAUGUCUGGGUUGUGCUGUGGGAUAUUAUUUUGUUACUCCUGCAUCAAAAAAGGAUUAAAGCCUGAGAAAUGGGAUAAAAAAUGAAGAGGAGUGAACCUAAGGAUCACUGGCAAGCUUUCCAACAUGUAAAUGUCACAGUUAAUGAUGGUAACAUAUCAUGUCUUCAAGGACAGUACCAGUGUUUUUGAUGUUUGAUUUCUGCAUCAGUCUCAUCAGCAGGGACUCAUGAAUAGAAACGUCUGUCAUCUCCUCUCAAAUGUUGCUCUUGUUACCUUUGUACAGUGUUUAGACAGAAGGAAGCAGAGAUGUCAUCUUUUGUUGUCACAGACUGAAAGAAAUCUGACAGAAGUGACACCUCAGAGGGUUAAAUCAACCAGUCGUUUGGAAUUGACUGUAUUUCUGACAGAAAUAAAUCUGUAUGAACAUUAUUAAACACAACUGUAUUUAGAUUGUAAACAAAAGCAACAAUAGUCUAAAGUAGCAGAACAAAAACGCACAACAACGAAAUAUAUGACAAAAAUACUGGUACUGCUCUUAAACAAUUGUUUUGUUUAUUGGUGGACUGAAAGAUUGAACCUCAUUUUACUUUUAACAUUUUUUUCUCCAUUGCUAAAACCAUCUGAAAUCAACCAGCACUGCAACUACAAAUGAAUAAAACACAGUUUUAAUCACAUUGAGACUUCAUUUGUGUAUUAUUAUACAGAUGGUAGUCCAUAUGAAACAAAUAAAUGUGAUUCUAUGAAAACUGAAA